UUCUCUUUGAUCUUUUCUCGCUUUUUUAUCCUCACUUUCUUUUUUCGCUCUCUUUUUGCACGCAUAACGGCAAUGGGUUGGAUCGCUCGACUGGAUGAUGCUGUGGCGCGUUCGCGCGUCGGCAAACACUUCCAGCUUGAAGGCUCGGGUCACAAGAAGGAACGCAAAGGUACCCGAUUUUCGACCGAAAUUCGAGCAGGCCUGACGACGUUCUUCGCCAUGGCUUAUAUUAUCUCGGUGAAUGCGUCGAUUAUCAGCGAAAGUGGUGGCACUUGCGUAUGCGAAGGCACCGCCGACGACCCACUGUGCGAUCUCAAUACGGACUAUAUGAACUGUGUGUACCAAGUCAAACUCGAUCUGAUCAUGGGCACCACCAUUAUUGCUUUAAUCUCUUGUUGUCUCAUUGGCAUCUUUGCCAACUUGCCUCUCGGCAUGGCACCUGGUAUGGGUCUUAAUGCUUAUUUCACCUAUACCGUGGUGGGAUAUCACGGUUCCGGCAAAGUGUCCUACGAAACUGCGUUAUCUGCUGUCUUCAUUGAAGGUCUUGUUUUCUUGCUCCUGUCAUUGCUCGGUUUACGUCAAUGGCUCGCAAGGAUCAUUCCUAUGAGUAUCAAGAUUGCCAUGGGAUGCGGUAUCGGUUUAUAUCUAUGCUUUAUCGGUCUCCAAUCGUCCGCAGGUAUUGGCUUGGUCAGCUUGGACAAAUCCACACUUGUCACACUGGGUGGAUGUCCUCCCGAAGCAAAAGACGCCGAUGGUGUAUGCUUAUGGGGUCACAUGGAAUCCGGUACCAUGUAUAUGGGAAUCUUUGGCUUGAUUGUCAUGUGCAUGCUGUUGAUGUAUCGUGUACGAGGCGCCAUUUUGCUGGCUAUUAUUUUCAUUGCCAUCACUUCCUGGCCCCGUAACAAUGCCGUGACCUACUUUCCCUACACCGAAACGGGUCAAACCAUGUUUGACUUUUUCAAAAAGGUUGUCACCGUACACAAAAUGGAUCAUGUUUUGGGCAGAUUCAAUUUCGACCUGUCGACCAAAGAUUUUUGGAUCGCUUUGGUGACCUUGGUAUAUGUUGAUAUUCUCGAUACGACGGGUACUAUGUAUUCCAUGGCGCAUUAUGGUGGUUUCACGGACGAGACGGGCGAUUUUGAACACUCGACGUACGCUUUCAUUUGCGAUGCUAUCGGUGUAACGAUCGGUUCGUGCUUUGGUACGUCUUCAUGUACCGCGUUUGUGGAAUCCGGCGCUGGUAUUGCCGAAGGUGGACGCACGGGUAUUACGGCGUUGGCCGUAGGCUUUGGUUUCUUCAUCUCGAUUUUCUUCUCUCCGAUUUUCGCCAGUUUCCCUCCGUGGUCAACCGGUCCGGCCUUGAUUGUGGUGGGAUCCAUGAUGACCAGCAGUAUCCGUAACAUCAACUGGGAUUAUCCUGGCGAUGCGAUCCCGGCGUUUAUUACGUUGGCCGUCAUGCCAUUCACCUACUCUAUUGCUUAUGGUGUGAUUGGUGGUAUCUUUUCGUAUGUGAUCAUCAAUGGUCUCGUCUACCUGAUCGAUAAAGCCAGCGGCGGUCGUAUCCAUCCCGAUUACUCCACACGCGAAGAUUGGUGGACCGCAGCUCUGUCCGGACCCUUAUUACCAUACUGGAUGCGAUGGGUCGGUGCCAAGAUUUGCGGUAGAGCAAGACCUUUGACGCGUGAUGAACGUAUUGCCAUGAAGAAUAAGGAAGCCGAAGAUUCCGAACCUGUCACCGUCAUCGGCAACAAUGGCGAAGACAACUUGACCCUCUGCUAUCCCGAAAAAAUGAUCUAAUCCUCUCUAUUAAUCUGUCUUUCUACUUCGUUCUUAACCACCCACAUUUUUCAUCAACUAUUUCAAAAAGCAUAUGAACAUUUAGAAUCCCAAAAAGUAUCUCAUAAACAACGAUGAAAACAUGCACCAUGUCAUGUAUAAUUUUGCUUUGACUGAU